UCCAUUCAUUGUGAAAUUAAAUAACAAGAGAAUCGUCAUAUUUUUAUACCUCUGAAUUCUGCCAUAUUGCCACAUAAACAGAUACUAGAAAUUGGAUAAUAUAAGGGAAUAAUUUGGACAAGCAAAAUAUUUGGGUUUGCAUGCUGAUUAUGCAGAAGUUGAUUGUGUUGUUUGCAGCAUGUCUAUGUUUACUGCACGCCCACCCACUAAACGCUGAAGAUGGACACUACGUGAACCAGUUUCUAGUUGAACUACACAAGCGAUCCACUUUAGACGAUCUCCUGGCAGAACAUGGAUUUGAAGUUGAAGAAGAUUUACCAUCCCUAGGGUUUGUAGUUUUACGUCACAAAGAAGUUAGCCAUAGAUCAAAAAGAAGUUCUGUUGAUCAUGUAAACAAACUGAGGUCAGAUUUUAGGGUGAAAUUAGCAGAACAGCAAAAAGAACUGAUAAGAGUUAAAAGGGAGAUAAUCCAUGACAAACAAGUAGAACUACCGUUUAAACAUAUCACAGACAACUCUAUCUACUACCGAUCAGAACCACAAAGACUCAUUCGUAAAGAUGGAAUUCCUAAUCCGGAGAUCAAAUUUAAUGAUCCUUUUUAUAAAGAUCAGUGGUAUUGUCACAAUGAUGGCCAGACAGGUGGAGAAGUUGAUGUAGAUUUAAACGUUGUACUGUCAUGGAAGAACGGUUAUACUGGUGUAAAUAUUAGCAUCUGUAUCCUUGACGACGGGAUUGACCAUACACAUCCUGAUAUCAAAAAUAACUAUAGGGCAGAUCUGAGUGCUGAUAUGAAUGAUAAAAGUGAUAAUGACCCAAUGCCAGAUGUCUCCAAUAGUGAUAACAGCCAUGGAACAAGAUGUGCAGGAGAGAUAGUGGGUGCUGCAAAUAACAAUAACUGUGGUGUAGGAAUAGCAUAUGGGGCAAGUAUUGGAGGUAUUAGGAUAUUGGAUGGACCUAUCACAGAUGUAUUAGAAGGGAAAGCAUUAGAGUUUAGAAGCCAAGAUAUUGAUAUAUACAGUGCCUCAUGGGGUCCAAGAGAUAAUGGGGCUACAACAGAGGCACCAGGAGCUGCUACAGUGAGAGCAAUAGAAAAAGGUGUAAGGCAGGGUCGUGGAGGAAAAGGUAAUAUAUUUGUAUGGGCAUCUGGUAACGGUGGCGGCAACGAUGACGACUGUAACUGUGAUGGCUAUGUAGGCAUGCCAGAAACUAUUUCUAUAGGGAGUAUAACUGACAGAGGUGGAACUCCAUACUUUAUGGAGAAAUGUCCUUCAACUUUUGCUGUUGUACCAAGUGGAGGAGAGGAACACAUUGGAGAAGACGGGAGUAGAACUAAAAUUAGAGUUGUAACAACAGACAUAGGAGGGGGAUGUAUAGAAAACUUUGAAGGAACAUCAGCUGCAGCACCACUUGCUGCAGGAGCAAUAGCCCUGGUCCUGGAAGCCAAUGGGGAUUUGACAUGGAGAGAUGUUCAACACAUUAUUGCCAAGGGAAGUAGAAUUCCCUCAGUAACAGGAGAUUGGGAGGUCAAUGGUGCUGGCUAUCAUCGUAGUCACAGCUUUGGGUUUGGUGUGAUGGACGUAUCUCUGAUGGUUCAGCUGGCUAUUGGAUGGAAGAAUGUACCAGAGGCUGGGAAAUGCAAUUCAUCAGACCAUGUUGUCAACAAAGAUGUGCCUGCAGAUGGAUGCAUCACAGAGCAUGUAGAUAUGUCAUUUUGUCAGGAUAACCAUGACACCCACAUUGAGCAUUUAGAACAUACAAUGUUAUGGGUUGAAAUUGAAUCAAAGAGACGCGGGGAUGUCAGCAUCACCUUGACAUCACCUUAUGGUACUGUGUCACAAAUGUUGUCAACCAGGAAGGAAGAUAACAGUGGAGAUGGAAUUCGUUUCCGAUUGAUGACGCUGAAUAACUGGGGAGAAAAUAUUGUCGGGGAAAAACAAUGGAAAAUAGAAGUCUGUGACAAUGGCAAGGACAGUGCUAAAAAUGAUGUGAAGUUAGUUAGCUAUUCUUUGAUUGCUAUGGGAACAUCAGACAGUCCAAACAAACGUAGUACAGAUUCAUUUGAACCAAGCAAAGCAGCAGUAGCAGAAAUGAAAGAGUUAGAACUCAAAAGAGGAAAACGUCUAGAUAUGAAAAGACACACAGAAGGAUUCAAGAAGUCUGAUAAAAACGCUGUAAAGAAAGAAAAAGAUGUGAAGAAUGAAAAAAAGGAAAAAGAACAGAAAUAUCUAAAGGAUAUUAUGCAUGACGUGUCUUCAUACCUACAAGAGAAAGGCUUCGAAGAGAACCAUAUCAUUGAUAUAUUGAAUCAUGGGAUGUCUUACAGUUCAAAGGUCAGAAAAGAUCAGGAGAAUACCAGACGAGGACUAAGUCGGAGAACAUUUGGGGAGGAAGACAUUGAUCAUGAUAAGUUUAUUGACGGGAUGUCAAAAGCUGUUAACAAUAUUUUUGACGAACGAGAAAAAGAAAGAAGAAAGCAGGCUGUGAGGGAAAAAUUAGCUGAGAGAGCAAAAGAAAGGAGAGAACAUGCUGAGAAAAAACGGAAGGAACAAGAGAAAGAAAGGAGAGAGGAAAUUGCUGAAAAAGAAAAAGAAAUAAAGGAACAAGAAAAAAGGGAGAAAGACAAACGUGAAGAAUUUGCUGAGAGAUACUUAGAUGAAUUCUUGGAGAAGCCUGGAGAUGCAACGGCAGACGAAAUGGAAGAGGUUGUCCGUGAUCUUCGAAAAAUUCUUCAAAACAGGAAAUAGCUAAACUGAUGAAAACUUUAAUACUCACAUUCAACAGAAUUAAGGGUAAAGGGUUUUAUUAUCACUUUAAAUGAUGAAUAAUAUAUCUUAUAUCUGGAUGGAAGUAAUAUUGAAUUUAAGUGCCUCUUUCUUUACUAUUGUGAUAAUUUUGAUUUUAACAUUACUCUCAGAUUCAAUGAAGACAUGACUGUUUAGCCCUUGAGCUGUUUCAGAUCAUUUAAGGUAGAUUCAUGGUAUACCGCCAUCUUGGAUUGUACAAUCGCAAUACAAAAUGGGUCUAGUUAUUUGCCUAAAUCUGCAAAUUUGGAGACAGAUUUGCAAUUUAAUGGUUAGACUGUUUAUUUAUAUAAAGAAAACUUGGUGAAUUAUUGUAUUAUACAAAAUAUUCAAACAAAUAUCAUUUGUUUUGUUUUUAGAAUCAUUUUUCUCAAAUGAGCCAUUUAAGGAGAGAUAACUCUUUUUUUUAUACUAGACUGAUGGGGAAAGUUUUAAUUUUUACUUGUAGCAAGAAAACAAGUUCGGUGACACCAUUUUUUCUUUUUAUUUUCUUAAAACAUAUUAUAAAACCUAUCUUCUCACAAUUUAUUUCAAAAUUCUAUCUCAUAGAAUUUUUUUUAUGCACACAAAUGUGUUUUUUCAUGAACAAUCUAACCAAAUUAAGGCAAUUUUCAACUACUCAUAACAUGAUAAAUAGCACGGUGAUCCAUACUUUUAAUUAUAUUUUUGAAAAAAGCAUAGUAAAAUCUUCAUUCUGGCUAAGUAUAAGAAAAUUCUAUCUAAAAAAAUAUAUACUUAUGAUCUACCUUAAAAGAUUUUGUUCACAUUUUGUUCCAAUUUCUAUUCAUUUUGACAUAUGAUCAUUUUAAACUACAGCAAAGCAGGGGAGAUAAUUCACACAUUUGCUAUUCAUAAACUAAAAUUAAAUGUUGAAGAAGAAAAGAAUAAUGUCAUUCAUAAGCUGGUUCAUCAUUAUUAUCUCUUGACUAUAUAAGAUUUAUCUCAGAAUUCCAAUAUAUAAGUGAAAACAAUAUAUUUGUCAUGUAUUGGCAAUAGAACUUCUAUGGUUGUGAAAAAAGUCAGAAAAGUUUAUUGGUUUGAAGAAUUCUUGCACUCAUUUAUUAAAUGGUUGUACAAAUUUUGAUCUAUCACAACAUGGUGUCAAAUUAUAAGUUCAUUCAAACAUCAUAAAAAAACAUUGACGUUGUAUUGUAUGUCUUAAACAUUCACAUAGAAUUGUGCAAGUUCUCAUCACUCAUAAGAACUUUAUCUAAUUUGGAUGUACAACUUUUGAACUCUUACAAGCUUGUAUUAAAAUGUUCAAGACAUGACAACCCCUUUUUGAUAACAUGUUGUAUGAUAUUUAAACAUUCACAAGUCAAAAAGGAGCUAUGCAAGUUAACAUCAAUCAUAAAGCCAAACAUAUAAACUUUUUGUUUACAGAAGACUUAAAAGUCUUAAUCAAGACUAAUUUUAAUUCAUAUAUCUACAACUUCUACUACAUAUUUAUGAUGUUUUUUGGAGAUGCAAUUAUAAAUUUUCAAAUAAGAUUUCUGCAUCAAUCCUGAAAAAGAAAUUAGAAAUUUCCUGAUUUAUGUGGAUUCAGGGAAAAAAUAAGCAGACAAAUAGUAGUUUGUUUAUGAAAUAUGGUGAUAUUUUAUAUUUUAUAAAUUAUAUAACAAAUUUGACCACGUUGAACAUCGCCUGAAUGGAAACUUGCUUGUUUAUAUUUUCUAUAUUUUUUUUUAUAUUGCUAGAAUUAUACAAAACCAUUGUUGUGAAACAUUAUCUUUGCUAUUCAUUGUGCAAUUUGUUAUUUGAACCAAAAAAAUGACAGUUCGUCCCACUGGCAGUCCAUCCCACUGACUGUCCACCCCACUAGCAGUCAUUACUGCACCAUAAUAUCUGUUCACAACUAAACUAGUACCAAAAAUUUGUGACAAACAUUAGGCUUGGACUUUCAUCAACUGUCUUUCUCAAAAUUUAUCUAGAUUGUCACAGACCAUGCUUUAUGAGCAUUGAUUCACAUAGCAGAGUCUUUGACAGUCCACAGAACACCUUGUGUAAAUUAGUCAUUGAUAGCCCAGGUAAAACUUGCAAAAGACCCUGGAUGUCAUUUAAAGUUGUGAACAGUUGUUAUGUGACAGAUGUGACAGAAAAGGACUGUCAGUGGAAUGAAGUCAUUUUCUGGUUCAUAGUAUCUUAUAUUAUAUUAUGGAAUCCUUCUUUGAAGUUACUUGUUUUUAAGUUAGAUCUGCAAUAUUUUAUUACUGUUUUUGUAAUAUUUUAUACUUUUGAUUUAUAUAUGAAAUCCACCCAAGCUACAAUAAAACUUUUAUUAUAUAUAUUUGAUUAACAGAUUUACAUUUGAAAUCCAUCUGAGUUACUAUAGAACUGUUUUAUAUGUUUAUUACCGUAAUUAAGAAUCAGGAAAUCCACCAUUUUCAUACACUUUUUUGCUAUAAAGUGAACCAUCAAAUAAGAAUAAAUAUAGAUUCCUAAACUGCAACAAGUGUAUUACAAUAUUUCUCCACUGGAGACAGUUAAAUUUUAUUAUUUAAAGCGUGAGGCUUGCCGAGCUUUUUAAAUAAUUAAAAUUUAACUGUCGAGAGUAGAGAAAUAUCGUAAUACACGAGUUAUGGUGUCGGAAUCUGUUUUUCUGAUGAUUUUUAUCCUUCGUUUUUGAAAGAUUUUCAGAAACUUGUGUUCUUUAUAUGCGACGUCAUCAGGCAUGGUCGCCUUUUUUCAUGACACCACAAUAGGAAAAUUCAGAAGAAAACAAAAAAUUUUGACGUCAUAAUCAAAUUUCGACUAAUCAUUUGCCGAGAACAGAUAUUUCACUAGUGAGGAGAAAUAUUUUUCUCACACCGAUCAAGAAAUGUGAAAAUAGCACAAAAAUUAGAGAAAAUUAGUUUACUACCUUAUGAAAGAGCUAUAUUACUAAUUACUAGCCAAUCAAAUCAUAGAAGAGGAGUCUGGUAAAGCAUCUUUCAACAAGUUGACAGUUCUGCUGUAUAGUCAGCUGUAUUUUUUUGUUUUUUUGCUAGAUUAAGUAAAAUAUUAGCUGUUUCUUAAAUGUCUAUAACAAGAUGUCAAAAUUUAGAUAAAAUAAUCACUGCUGAUUUCAUUGUUUUCUGCUUGGUUUACUAAGCACUAAAACAAGAUAACAGUUUUUUCAUGUACAAUUUGACUUGUCAUGAUUGUAAUUGUCUUAACAAAAAAUUUAAAAGUGUUAAGCACAGCAUAGUUUGUUAUUGAACUCAUUUUGUUAUAAUUUUGACUUGAAAUUUGAAAUUUAUUAUUUCUUUUGAUGUUUUGUGAUUAAAAACAAAUUCACAUAUUGUUUAAUAUACAAAUCUCUUUUUGUAUGAAAAUAAAAACUAUUUCUUAAA